ACUUCUGAAACCUUCAAAGCUGCAGGCAUAAGAAUUAAAUUAAUAAUAUUUUGGUGUCCAGUUAAAAAAAAAUUCUUGUAUUUUUUCAACUUAAACUAUUUAACUCUUAUGUAGGUUCUAGACAGUCAAUUCUUAUUGCAAUAGCUCAUGAGGUUAAUGAGGAUUAUGAUAACAUAAAAUACCUGCUUGACAAAUGUGGCAUUUCUGACUAUAAGAGAAAAUAUUUCAUUGAAACAGAUCUCAAGCUGAUUAAUGUGAUUUUAGGUCUUGGGACUCAUGCCUCUACAUUUCCCUGUGCUUAUGGCGAAUGCUACAGAAAAAAAAAUGGACACUGGGUACAAGGCGACACUAGAACCUUCAAGAGUAUAACAGAUCAUUACAAGAAAUGGAACAGUGCUGGUGCUGCCCCAAAUGCAAGAAAGAACUUUGCAUCGGUAAACAAUAUACCAAUCCUCAGGACUUCAGAUCCAUUGCAACCUGUGAUAUGUGUAUUACCCCCUCCUCCACUGCAUGUUAUAAAACUAGGACCAGUUAAUCACAUCCUGAAGUUUUUGAACACAAAGAAGUUAGAUUCACAAAAAAUAGCAUCAGCAAUGGGUAUACAGUAUGAGAAAUAUCAUGGUGGUGGACUGAACGGAAAUGAUGUUGACAAACUCAUUAGGAAACUACCACUUUUUGAAAAAGCUUUAAAAGCUCAAACUUCAGAAAGUGGCCAAGAUGAUCUUAUGGUGGUGAUACCAGUGAUAAAGGCUGUUGGAGAACUUUACACUGCGGUGGCUUCCUCUGUGCUUGAUGCAGACUACACAAGCAAAAUAGAAGACUUUGAGCUGAAAUGGACAAGGAUGACUUCUAUAAUCAACAUAACUACCCCGCCUAAAGUGCAUAUAAUAAUUACACAUAUAAGAGAGUUCAUAGCAUUGGAACAGAAUAGUCUUAAUCGGACUUCUGAUCAGCACAUUGAGGCUGAACAUGCAAAGGUGGAAAUUCUGGGAAAGUCAAGUGCCUACAAGCGCCACAACAAGAACUCCUUCAACGGCUGGACGGCACAGAAACGUCUGGUAGACCACUUCAACUCCCGGAAUUUAAACAACUAUGAGAAAGAAGUAAAGAGAAAUAAAAAACCUGGAAAAGAAAACUUUGAGGUUACCUUUUAG